CGCUCCUUCUGCUGAUCGUUCGCCUGCGACUGUAACACUUUGACUGCGAUUUCGAACGGCUCACGAAGAACUACGAAUCAAGGAUUCGAUGGCGUGACCUCGCAGCGUGGUCGACUUACAACAAGAAAAGGUAUCUCCAAAGUGCUCCAGCAGCGAGAUGCUUAAGUCCAACUGAGCUCGGGCGGAUGUAAAGGAUUGGUUCCCCCAGAACGUCAGUUUAAAGUCCACGAGAGGCUUGGCAUACAGACCCUACCAACUGCACCCCACCCUUUCUUGUACUCGAAGUGGAGAGCUUUCCUCGCAUCGACGAUCUCUUCGCGCGCGCAACGCAUCAUCAGCACCCCUUUCCAUCUGUAGACGUGCACAUCAUGGCUCCAAAGCUCAGUCCCAAGCCCAUCCGCUUCCGCUUUCCCGACUCGGACCUGGAGAAGCUGCAAAGACAAUUGGACGACACUCUGCUUCCAGAGGAAGAGCUUGUAGAAGAUGCGGGUUGGAAGUAUGGCACUGAUCUUUCCAAGUUGAAGCAAUUGGUGGAGGAUUGGAAGAGAGGAGAUGCGGUGGAUGCGUUUGGGAAGAACACGGGACCUGGAGGAGGAGUGAGUGCGUGGUGGAGAAAGGUGGAGGAGAGGAUCAAUAGGUAUCCUCAUUACAUUGCCGAGAUCGAGGGUGUGCAAGUGCAUUAUCAAGUAGCAAGAUCGCCAGAGACGGAUGCAAUCCCUCUCAUUUUCAGCCACGGAUGGCCAGGAAGCUUCUUCGAGGCUGAUCUGCUGCUGGACAAAUUGACGCGGCCCGACGUCUCCGGACGAUCAUUUCACGUCGUGGUGCCGUCGCUCAUUGGCUACGGAUUAUCUGGCAAACCACCCAAGCAGGGUUGGUCCCUCGAAGACACGGCGAGAUUAUUCGACAAGCUCAUGACCGAAGUGUUGGGCUUCCAGACUUAUGCAGCACAUGGAGGUGAUUGGGGCUACACCAUCACUAGGCUCUUGGCGCGCUACGAUGCCUGCACAGCAUACCACACCAAUUUCCUCGUUCCCAACAUUCCCACAUAUGCGCUGCCAGUGAUGGGCCUGGCCAAGAUGGGUUACAGCAGCAUCACCGAUCGACUGUUGCCCUACAUUUUCGAUGCGAGGGACGUCAACCUUCUCAAGCGCGGCUUGGAAUACAUGAGCGUGGGCAGCGGAUACUAUCAGAUUCAAGCGACCAAGCCCGCAACGGUGGGUUAUGCGCUCUACGAUUCGCCCGUAGGGAUUCUGAGCUACUUGUUGGAAAAGUUCAGAGAGUGGAGCGAUAGGAGAGCGCCGGCUUUCCAGCCUGCUGGUCAAGGAGAGCAGAGCAGCGGAAUGACGGACGAGAACAUCUUGAUCAGCGCGACCAUCUACUACCUCACCAAAUCCACCCACACUUCCUUUUUGCCUUACUACGAGAGCGGCUACCUCUUUGACAAAUUCGCCAAAGAUCGCACCUUUACCGCCCCAGCCAGAAAGAAACCUUUUGGACACUCCCGCUUUCCCUGGGAAUUGGCCGGAUCGCCCAAACCUUGGAUCGGCAGGUUGGAUGUGAACCUCAAAAGCCUCAAGGAACACGAUUACGGAGGUCAUUUUGCAGCGCUGGACAAUCCGAAUGCCCUCUCGUCGGAUCUGCGCGAAUUCUUUACGGCGCAUUUCUAAGCCCCACAAAUGCGAAAUGUCGUAUCUCAGCUUCGCAUCGCUUACGCUGUCCCGAAUCGCUUUGGUCGUCAGAAAAUCCACAAUGACAAUGCUGGGCCCCUGCUCUGAGAAAAGGCUGUGUUUCGCACUCGUUGCCAGGUGUGCAGGCGGAUCACACUGAGAAUCCGAGUGUAUAGACUCAGCAAAGCACAUGAAGCAUUCUAUGGAUCCGGUCUGAGGACAAUGUUGAAUGAUAGGAAAUGAGUCGCAACUAUCGCUACCGCCAUCGAGCUUGAGUUUGGAGAGCGAAUGGAAUAAAAUUUU